GCAACCAACUCGAUCGCCUCCCCUGCACUGCCCAUUUGAAUGUGAGAAAGAGAGGGAAACCGACCACCCAAAGCCGGCAACUAUCCGCCGCCGGCCAUGCCGAGAUCCUCCUCCUCCGGCUCCAAGCCCAUCCUCGGCAGGGCAAUGGCCAUCCUGGCGCUGACCCUCACCCCGAUAUCCAAGGCCAAGGGCAGUCUCAUCCUCUUCAAGAAGCGCGCCUCGUCCGCCGCCAGGCGCCGCUGCUGCAAGCCCUUCCGCCACUACAACUACGCCUACGUCGGCGAGUACCAGUUCUCCCCCUCCCGCUCCCCGCUCCUCCCCUGCCCGCCCCCCAGCGUCACCGCCUGGCGGAGGGCCGCCGCCAAGAAGCGCCGGAGCAGGGCCAGGAUGAUCCUGGCGUCGCUCCUCUGCGGCGGCGACGAGCUCGACGUCGCCGUGCUGGACGGCUUGCCUCGAGACGACGUCGGCGCGCGGGAGAGGGAAGCUCUAGCCCCGGCUCCGGAGCGGGGACGUGACGAGGAUGCCUUUUCCUACGGCGACGACGUCGACGAGGAGGACUAUCCCGAGGAGGAGGGAGACGAGGAGGUGGACGGCCGUGCGGAGCGGUUCAUCGAGCGGUUCUACGAGGAGAUGAGGCUACAGAGGCAGAGGUCGCUGGUCCAGCGUCUCCUCUAGACCUUCCACCGUCUUGCUCGUCCGUGUGGGGGGCCCGGUUACUGCUGCCCCUUCUUGGAAGGAAUCAAUUGUCGCUGCUAUCUUAGCUGCAGUUUGGUUAAUUUCUUCGUUUCUUGCAUCGUUCGUGUUACCGUUGUUUCUGUCAGGUGUGGAUUUGUUAUCGGAGGUGAGAGGAUUAGAGGAGUCUGUGGGGAGAGCUUCGUCUCCCCUGCUGUAUCCAUGUGGUGCUGCGUUGGUUUGUGUAGUAUUUGAGUUGAGGUGAAUUUGCA